AUGAGUUAUAUUAGCGCUGAAACUCAAUCCUAUUUUGGCGGCGUAAAGACUGAUUUGUCGACCGACAUUAAGAUUUCUGACGUGGAUUUAAACGUAUACAUAUCCUACAAAAACGGGGUCAUAGAGAGCUACAACUCUACCAGUUUUAAGGUGCUACGCUCAAUUGACGUAAACAGUUUCAACAACUUGCUUCCCUGGGAAAACCCUCAGAAAAAAUACUCGCAAAAGAUGAAGAUUGAGCUCAUCUGCCAGGACUCAUUUGUGCUAUUCAACAACAGCGAUAGUGUUGGCAUGGUAAGCUUGAAGGACGGGUCUCUAAAUCGUUAUAUCCGGAUGCGAAACGAUGAACGUGAUGGCGUGUUUGCACAUUUAUCCGAUGGCAACGCACCGGAGUGUUGCGAUCCCAGCUGCUCGACUUCUAGGGCCACCCAACCCAGAGAUGUAAUGCUUCUGAAGGGCGUGAGUGAUAUUGCGACCAUUCCUUCGAUACGGGAAAUAUAUAUAAUCAAUGAGAGCGGGCAGCUGUUUGUUCUGCAUCCAGGUAGUGAACUUGCAAACAAUUUAUUUUCAGAAUACAAAAAACUCUUCAAACAAGCUUAA